AGAAAAAAAACAACAACCUACCAAUCAAUCAAUCAAUCAAAAACUCCAUAAAUUAAAGCUGCCAAUAAAUAAAUAAUGUUGCCUCUUUCUCGAGUUAAUUAUGCGUUGCCUCCUUUCUUUUGCUUGUGCAAUUUAUUUGCAGUGACGGGGAUGGGCAAUGCUAGUGGCAAAGUUGAUGAAGAAGACACUUCAGGAGAGGGUUCAUAUUUUGGGUAUUAUACGCCAGGUGUAUACGCAGAUGUAGAGCCCAUGGCACACUCCCCUUCCAAUAGCCCUACUAGAUACCAGCAGCCUCUUCUCUCGUUGACUCCACAGGUUCCUGCAGCAAGACCUUCUAAAGUGAUGCAUUUCCAGAAUUAUGAUUGGGUGCAGAACACAAUAGAUUACAGGGAUGCAUUCAAUGAGAAACUGAGCCCUGUAAUAAUAACAUGGAGUUAUGGUGGCAAGCAAGUUGCUGUCACUGGAUCAUGGGAUAAUUGGGAUAAAAGGCAGCCUUUGCAUAGAUCAGGUAAAGAUUUUGUUAUUUUGAAGAUGCUCCCAUCAGGUGUUUUUCGAUACCACUUCAUCGUUGAUGAACUAUUGAGAUACGCUCCAGACUUGCCAUUGGAAUGUGAUGAUUCAGGGAUUGCCUACAAUAUUUUGGAUGUACAGGAGGAUGUUCCAGAAGCUCCAGAAAGCCUGUUGGAGUUCGAAAAUCCUCCAUCCCCAGUAACUAGCUACAAUAAUGAGUCCUUGGAUGAUAAUGAUUUCAGUAAGCAGCCUCCUGACAUACCUCCACAACUUCAACUAACAUUGCUGAACGACCGAUCUUCUGCUGUAGAAAGUCAACAGUCACUGCCGAGGCCUCGGCAUGCUGUGUUGAACCAUCUUUAUAUUCAGAACAAUCAAGCUCAGCCAGUUGCACUUGGCUCGACUGGUCGCUUUCUUCAGAAGUAUGUGACUGUAGUACUAUACAAGCCCUCACGGCGAUGAAAGUAAUACCAUAUUCUUUUGAUUUAUAGAUAUCAGGGAUGGAUUGAUUUGACACAAUGGACAUUGUUAUUAUUGAAAUUCAUGGAAAUGGUAAAUUAAGAGAGGAAAAAAAAAAAAAAGAGCUGAGUGUAGAAAAAAGUUGAAUUGUUUGCUGCAAAAUUCCUUAUUCAGUUGCAAUUUUGAAAUGAUAUUGUUCUUCUCUUUGUUGCAUUUGUAA